GAACUUCCAGCCCCUUUGCUUGAUGAGCAAAGGAAUGAAUUGGGAGAAGAACCAACAACUGUUAAGUCUGAAGAUUUUCAGGACUCUAUGAAAAUAGCCUGGCGCUACCAAAAUUUACCAAAAAUGGAGGCUAACCCAACAACAUCUCCAAAGUUUGGCCAUUAUUAUGAUAUUUCCAAAACAAUGUCUCCAGAACUCUUUCAGUCAAUAAAAUGGCACAGUUUUUACCUUCCUGAAGAAUUGUCUUUACAGCCUACAGUGAAAACAUGUAAUAUGAACAGUGCGUAUGGAAGGCUGCUUCUAUCCAUUCAGAGGAUCAUUUACCAGGAAGGGUUUGAUGGCUCUGAUCCCCAGAAGAAAAAAAAGACUAUUUUGCGGAUAGGAAUUCAGAGCCUGGGCUCUUUGUUGUGGGGUGACGACAUUUGUUGCAGUGAUACUCCUGAAGAUAUUCAUAGCCUUACAAAAUUCCUGUAUGUUCUCCGUGGCCUCCUCAGAAAAUCUUUGUCAGCCUGUGUCAUCACAAUACCCGCUCACCUUAUCGAGAAUAAAGCAAUUAUGGAACGUGUAACAAACUUGUCAGAUACGGUAGUUGGUCUUGAAUCAUUUAUUGGCUCAGAGAGAGAAACCAAUCCAUUAUACAAGGAUUACCAUGGUUUAGUUCAUGUACGUCAGAUUCCUCGGCUUAAUAGCUUGAUCUGUGAUGUCUCAGACACGAAGGACCUCGCUUUUAGAUUAAAAAGGAAGCUGUUCACCAUUGAGCGACUGCAUUUGCCUCCAGACUUGUCAGACACAGUGAGCCGCGCAAGCAAACAGGAGCUGGCAGGAUCCGCCAAACUGCUGAGCUCAGGAUGUGGUGCUAUGGCCAUCGGCAAGAAGCACCUGGACUUCUAG